UAAUUCCUGGUGAAACGCAACUAUCUCGCAUAAUCACGUAUUCACGUUCUUUCUUGCGUUGUAAGGAAUGGUGAAGAGAUACGAUGAGCUCUAAAGUGAAUCGUGACACCAUCUAUGAAUGUGUGAAUGUUGUUGUGGAAAACUCCAAAAAGAAACAACGAAAAUUUGUGGAGACGGUGGAAUUGCAGGUCGCACUGAAAAAUUAUGAUCCCCAGAAAGAUAAACGAUUUUCUGGCACUGUGAAACUGAAGCACAUUCCAAAGCCUAAAUAUUCAGUUUGUGUGUUAGGAGACCAGCAGCAUUGUGAUGAAGCUAAAGCUAAUGGAAUUCCUUGCAUGGACUCAGAGGCUUUGAAAAAAUUGAACAAGAACAAAAAACUUGUUAAAAAGUUAGCCAAAAAAUAUGAUGCCUUUCUUGCAUCCGAGUCUUUAAUUAAGCAGAUCCCAAGACUUCUGGGUCCUGGUCUGAAUAAAGCUGGAAAGUUCCCAACAUUGCUCAGUCAUGGUGAAUCAAUGGUGGCAAAGGUUGAUGAAGUAAAAGCCACAAUUAAAUUCCAGAUGAAAAAGGUGUUAUGUUUGGCAGUAGCUGUUGGCCAUGUAAAAAUGUCUGAGGAUGAACUAGCCCAGAACAUUAACCUUGCAAUCAACUUCCUGGUUUCUCUGCUGAAGAAGAAUUGGCAAAAUAUACGAUCCUUGCACAUUAAAAGUACCAUGGGCCCACCUCAGCGCCUCUAUUAGUUUCUUUAUUGUCAUACUCUAUGUAUUAUGACAUUUGUGGGAAUUAAAUAUUAGAGGUGUUUGUGUAGUAUGCACAUCUA